AUGUGGUCGUUGUCUAAUCAACUCUGAGAAGCCCUGAAUAACGGUCUUGGUCCAGAAACAGCCCUAAUUUUACCGCCAAAUCAAAUGCUAUGCUCUCUCCCACUUCCCUCCACCUCUCUCCUACCCCAACAACCCCUCACCUCCACCUCAAAGCCCUACUCCUCUCCAAAUCCAAACCCAACAAUUACCCACAAAACUCCCGCAAUCCGUCUCCCUUUCUCUCUCAUCGUCGCGCCGAUGAAACCCGCAUCGUGGGCCCCUCCUGUUCCAUUUCGCCGGUCCUUUUGACGCCGUCCGAUGAUGAAUUGGACGUGGAGUUGGGGCGGCUUCUGGCGCUGCUGCCGGAGGAGAUGCGGCGGAGGGUCAGCGAGCACCCGGAGCUCCACCAGCUGAUUGAGGUGGUUAUGGACUUGGGACGGAGGCCCUUGGCCCGGUUUCCGAUGGGUGACUUUGUUUUGUCCGAGUAUCCUAUCUCUGUGGACGAUCUUGCACAUGCCACUUCGAUGGUUGGUGACUUUGCCAAUGAUAAUCGGGCAGGCAUUAGCAGAACCUUACACCGGAUUAGUGCCAUUAGAAAUCGCAAGGGUUCCAUUAUUGGUUUGACUUGUCGUGUUGGUCGAGCAGUAUCAGGGAGCGCCAAUUUGUUGCGAGACUUGGUUAAAGAUGGGGCUUCUUUGUUGCUUAUUGGGCCUCCUGGAGUAGGCAAAACUACAAUUAUCAGGGACAUUGCUCGAAUGCUUGCAAAUGAUUACAUGAAACGCGUGAUGAUUGUUGAUACAUCAAAUGAAAUAGGAGGGGAUGGUGACAUACCUCAUGCUGGAAUAGGUAAUGCUAGACGGAUGCAAGUAGCUAGCUCUGAUAUGCAACACAAGGUACUGAUUGAAGCAGUUGAAAACCAUAUGCCACAAGUUAUUGUAAUUGAUGAAAUUGGUACAAAACUAGAAGCAAUUGCUGCGAGCACAAUUGCACAGCGUGGCAUUCAGUUAGUUGCCACUGCUCAUGGGGUGACAAUAGAAAAUUUAACUAUGAAUCCUUCGCUGGAGAUGCUUGUUGGAGGAAUACAGAGUGUGACUCUAGGGGAUGAAGAAGCAAGUCGGAGGGGUGUUCAGAAAACAAUACUAGAGAGGAAAGGUCCCCCAACCUUUAGUAGUGGUGUAGAGAUAAUUUCGAAGACUGAGCUAAGAGUUCAUCGCAAUUUAGAAGCAACAGUCGAUGCUAUUCUUUCUGGUCGCUGCCCAUACUAUGAAGUUCGCAGGAUGAACCAAGGAUCAGAAGCUAAAACUGUAGAAGGAAAAGCUUUGAUUCGCGAUUCUUUAGGCAGGGAAAAUGACAGUGUGGUUGAAUUUACUCUUGGGAAGAAUGAUGAGACACCUACCCAGUAUGAAAUCAUUCCUGAAAUGCCUCAAAGCAAGGGAGAAACUUCUUAUGCUGGCGGGGCACCUAUUUGUUUGUUUGUUUAUGGGAUACCGGAAGAAAGUGUGAUGCAAGGGUUCAAACAAGUAAAGAUGCAUGAUGAGGUUAAACUUACUGACAAUAUCAGCGAAGCAGAUGCACUGCUUGCAUUGCAGUCCAAGCUCAAGAAGAAUCCCGGAAUCCAAGAUGCUGCUAAAUCUCAUGCGAUACCAAUUUAUGUCAUAAAGACGAUUGCAUCACCUCAAUUGACCAAAGCCAUAAGAGCAUUAAUUGCUCAUCGUGCAGAUGGUUUUAAGGAUUUUGAUUCGGAAGACUGCAUAAAUCCGUCUCAGAAGGUUGAUGCCUUGGAGGAAGCUAGGGUAGCUAUUGAGCGAGUGGUAAUCCCAAAAGGGCAACCUGUGGAGCUACUCCCUCGGCCACCCAACAUCAUAUUGCUUCAAAAGGACCUUGUUCGCCAAUACAAGUUACACUCAAAGAAAAUCGGUACAGAACCUGACGAGCAUCUUCGUAUCUUUCCGUUUCAAAAUGCAGGGGACGAAGACGGGGACUCCAGUGGAGGAGACGACGCUGAUGGGGAGUUCAAUGAAUUUUCCAGUCUCAAUUCCGAUUUGAAUGGUUCACCCUACAUUGUCAAUAGAUUGCCUCUUCUGCCUGAUUAGGAACUGUGUAAUAGUAUGAAGACCACUAGUUCUAUACACAACUUGUAUUUUCAGCUGUGUAUCAUAACAAGCAUCUCAAAUCUGUACAAAACUGUAUAGGAAAGUUGCUGCUACAAACUUUUAGCUGCUAAUGGGAAAGAUCCGUUCACUUGAUGGUCGUCAA